AUGCCUUGCCUCAAGAAGUUUGCCAUUGGCACCGCAAAACCUGUGCUAGUGACAGGAGGAACUGGCUAUGUAGCAGGCGUGCUCAUCUCUCAGCUCAUGGACAAGGGAUUGACUGUUCACACCACUGUCCGCGACCCUUCCAAGAAGGACCGCAUUCAGCACCUUCAAGACUUGGCUGCCAAGUCCAGAGGGUCUAUCAAAUUCUUCAAGGCUGAUCUCCUCACUUUAGGAGCUUUUGAAGAGGCCAUGAAGGGAUGCUAUGCUGUGUUUCACAUUGCAUCUCCAUUCGCAAUGGCUGUAAAAGACCCUGUCAAGGAUCUGGCAGAGCCUGCCGUGAAAGGAACCGAGAAUGUGUUGCUUCAGUGCAACAAAACUCCUUCGGUGGAGCGUGUGGUAUUAACAUCAUCCUGUGUUGCCGUCUACACCGAUGCAGCAGAGAUCAACGAUGAGAAGAAUCCGGUGACGGAAGACAGCCGGAACCGCACUGCUUCGUUGACUCAUAAUCCCUACAGUCUGAGCAAGACACUGGCAGAACAAAAGGCCUGGACCAUUGCUGGAAGCCAAACUCAGUGGAGGCUUUGCACUAUCAAUCCAAAUCUGAUUGUAGGCCCUGGUAUCAAGUACCACGAGUCUUCUGAAUCCUUUCACCUAGUCAAGUCCUUUGGAUCGAACGACCCCAACAUGGCCAUGGGAGCACCCAAUAUUGGCAUGAGCUGCGUAGAUGUUCGUGAUGUUGCUGCAGCUCACAUUGCAGCUGCCUAUCUGGAAGAUGCUGCUGGGCGCCACCAUAUACGCCACAUUCUCAGUGGUCCAGGUUUCUUUUUGCCAGAGAUUGGACAGGCCAUUGUCAAAAAGUAUGGUUCCAAGUAUUCCAUUGUCACGAAACCCGUCCCUUACUUGGUGUCCUACUUUGCUUUGGCUGCUUGCUCCUCACCUUGGCCUGGGGAUUGA